CGAUUGUAUCGUUUGUCGAACACGUGAUGAGAAUUUCUUCGAUGCAAACACGAUUUGUUUUUGAAAAAAAAAAAUGGUAUCCGAAAUUAUCGAUGGUGAUUCAUUGACAAAAAUAGUGACAAAAGAAUUGGAUAUUGGUCUUUAUCCACAAUUCAUGGGCCGUGAAGAAUCAUGUGUGAAUAAAUUGUUGAAACAGCGAAAAUUCAAAUAUAAUCCAGAUCUAAAUGGUAUCCUAAUCCGUUUUGAUGACAUUGAAUUUCUGACUGAUACCGGAAGAAUAAUCGAUGAUAGUCCAUUUAUAUAUUGGAAAAUUCGAGGAAAAUUUCAUAUAUUCAAUGUACAACCGAAUCAGAUAUUGAAAAGUUUUAUCAACAGAAUCGGUAAAGAAUAUAUUGGUUGUUCAUUUGCUGGCUGCAUUGAUGCGACAAUAAAAUUCGAAUGUCAAACUUUCGAUCAUGAACAAAUUGAAGAUAUUUGUACAAAUCUAAAUGUUGGUGAUUCGAUCACAUUCAAAGUUAAACGUUUCAUAUCAACACAACGUUAUAUUGAAGGUAUUAUUGAUGAUGAAAUAUUUCGAAUGAUUUGUAAUGAAAAUAAUAAAAAUAAAAAUAGAUAAAAGAUAAAUUUUUUUUAUUUAUAAUUUAUA